GGAACACAUGUCCCCAAAAUUGUUAGUAGCCCAUUUAAACUUCCCUUCCCUCACGAGCCCUUGAAAUCUGUCCCUUAAUACGAUCAUAGUACUUUAACGCGACGAAGACCGCUUACAAGACUUGGAACCGUCAACAACUCAAUUCUUCUGUAUAUUUCUUUCCAAACUUUUUGUUCCAGCUCUCAAGGCUCGACACCAUGGCGCAAACUCCCCAGCAGCGACGACGCAACGAGGCCUUUGCCAAGGGUAACGAAGCCAAGAUGGGCAAGGCAGAGGGUCAGAUCAAGAAGCGUGUCGAGAAGGUUCAGAAGUCUCCCAUCUCCCUGUUCUGGAUCUCUAUCCUUGGGUUCGUCAUCUUUGGUGGCCUCGUCUUCGAGGGUAUCUCCCGAUUCUUCGGUUAAGCUUUCAUCAGUUGAAGCUCUCUCCUAUAACAACAUAAACGCAAACAACAAACAACAACAAUACCCCAACCAGACCUCGCUCUCAGCGAUGGUACUGCAAUUUUUCUUGAUAUCUGGGAGAGUAAGGGUCUGUGAACCAUUUAAAAGCUAUGGACAAGCACAGGGCACCAGUCCACCGUCCAAAGGAGCUGAAGGAGGGGAGGGCACAUAUAAUUGUAUCUCGCCAUGGGAGAACCUGCAUUGAAUUCGCAGGAACUUGGCUUAAGGAGAAUAGGCGCAAUCUGGAAUCAACAUAAAUCGACUUCUUCUCGAUUAACAAAAUAAAGGGGUUUAUUUCUUUGCUUUUUAUCUACCUGACGCCAUGCCAUGAACCGUGAAUUAAAACAACAUCCC